AUGGAGCGGUCCCAGUCCCAGCGGCACGGGGGUGAACAGAGCUGGUGGGACAGUGCCCCCCAAUACCAGUACAUGCCGUUUGAACAUUGUACCAGCUACGGACUGCCCUCGGAGAAUGGCGGCCUUCAGCACCGGCCCCGAAAGGACACGGGUCCCAGGCACAAUGCCCACCCGACUCAGAUAUAUGGCCAUCACAAAGAAAGUUAUUCAUCAUAUAAGAACCAAGACCGGGGGGCGCCCAAGAAGAUGGGCUCCAGUUCUACACUGAAUGGCUUGGAUGAGGACCACUAUUCUAAAUGUCAAGAUUGUGUCCACCGCCUGGGGCGCAUCGUCAGAAGGAAGCUGGGGGAAGACUGGAUCUUUCUUGUGCUCCUGGGCCUACUGAUGGCUCUCGUCAGCUGGUGCAUGGACUAUGUCAGUGCCAAGAGCCUUCAGGCCUACAAGUGGACCUAUGCCCAGAUGCAGCCCAGCCUCCCUCUGCAGUACCUGGCCUGGGUGGCCUUCCCACUUUCCCUCAUCCUCUUCAGUGCUCUCUUUUGCCAGCUCAUCUCCCCGCAGGCUGUGGGCUCUGGGAUACCUGAGAUGAAGACGAUUCUCCGCGGCGUUGUCCUGAAGGAAUACCUCACACUCAAGGCCUUCGUAGCCAAGGUGGUGGCCUUAACGGCUGGGCUGGGCAGUGGCAUCCCUGUGGGGAAGGAGGGUCCCUUUGUACAUAUUGCUAGCAUCUGUGCUGCUGUCCUGAGCAAGUUCAUGUCCAUGUUCUGUGGUGUCUACGAGCAGCCAUACUAUUACAGUGACAUCCUGACAGUGGGCUGUGCCGUGGGGGUCGGCUGCUGUUUUGGAACACCACUUGGAGGAGUACUGUUCAGCAUCGAGGUCACCUCUACCUACUUCGCUGUGCGGAACUACUGGCGAGGAUUCUUUGCAGCCACAUUCAGUGCCUUCGUGUUCCGUGUCUUGGCGGUGUGGAACAAGGAUGCUGUCACCAUCACUGCCCUAUUCAGAACUAAUUUCCGAAUGGAUUUCCCCUUUGACCUGAAGGAACUUCCAGCGUUUGCUGUGAUUGGGAUCUGCUGUGGGUUCUUGGGAGCUGUUUUCGUUUAUCUGCAUCGCCAAGUCAUGCUCGGUGUCCGAAAGCACAAGGCUCUCAGCCAGUUUCUUGCUAAGCACCGCCUGCUGUACCCUGCAAUUGUCACUCUGGUCAUCGUGUCACUCACCUUUCCACCAGGAGUGGGUCAAUUCAUGGCCGGAGAGCUGAUGCCCCGUGAAGCCAUCAGUACCCUGUUUGACAACAAUACGUGGGUAAAGCACACAGGUGACCCCCAAAGCCUGGGCCAGUCAGCUGUGUGGAUUCACCCCCAGGUCAACGUGGUCAUCAUCAUCUUCCUCUUCUUCAUCAUGAAGUUUUGGAUGUCCAUCGUGGCCACCACUAUGCCCAUACCCUGUGGAGGCUUCAUGCCUGUUUUUGUUCUCGGAGCUGCAUUUGGAAGGCUGGUAGGAGAGAUCAUGGCCAUGUUGUUCCCUGAGGGUAUCUUAUUUGACGACUUCCUCUACAAGAUCUUACCUGGGGGCUAUGCAGUAAUUGGAGCAGCAGCUCUGACUGGGGCUGUCUCCCACACAGUCUCCACAGCUGUGAUUUGCUUUGAAUUAACUGGUCAGAUCGCUCACAUCCUGCCUAUGAUGGUGGCCGUUAUCUUGGCCAACAUGGUGGCUCAGAGUCUGCAGCCUUCCCUCUAUGACAGCAUCAUCCAGGUCAAGAAGCUCCCCUAUUUGCCAGACCUUGGUUGGAACCAGCUCAGCAAGUUUACAGUCUUCGUGGAGGACAUCAUGGUACGUGAUGUGAAGUUUGUUUCAGCUUCUUGCACAUAUGAGGAACUGAGAAACCUACUCCAAACCACCACAGUCAAGACUUUACCGUUGGUUGAUUCUAAAGAUUCAAUGAUCCUGCUGGGCUCUGUGGAACGCUCGGAACUGCAGUCCCUCCUACAGCGCCACCUAUGUGCAGAGCGAAGGUUGAGGGCUGCCCAGGAUAUGGCCCGCAAGUUAUCGGAGCUGCCCUACGACGGCAAGGCAGGGCUGAGUGGGGAGUGCCACCCCGGGGGUCGGCCUGAGUCCUUCGCUUUUGUGGAUGAGGAUGAAGAUGAUGACCUCUCCAGGAAGACUGAGGUAACCGAGACUCCGCAGCCUCCUCCUCCAGCGCCUCCGUUCCUUGCCACUCCUUCACACCCGGAAGAACCUAAUGGGCCACUGGCCAGCCCCAAACCGCCACCUGAAGCCCCAGACACCGCCGCAGGUCAAAGGUCAUCCACCUUGCGGUGGAUGCUAUGCUGCUUGCUGGGCAGAGCCCGCCCUACAAAGAAGAAAAUGGCCCAGGAUUCGGUGGACUUAGUGGAUAACAUGUCCCCUGGAGAGAUUGAGGCCUGGGAGCAGGAGCAGCUGAGCCAGCCUGUGUGCUUUGAUUGCUGCUGUAUCGACCAGUCUCCGUUCCAGCUGGUGGAGCAGACGACCCUGCACAAGACCCACACUCUCUUCUCGCUUCUCGGCCUCCACCUUGCCUAUGUGACCAGCAUGGGGAAGCUCAGAGGUGUCCUGGCACUAGAGGAGCUACAGAAAGCUAUUGAGGGCCACACCAAAUCUGGGGUGCAGCUCCGCCCCCCACUUGCCAGCUUCCGGAACACAACUUCAACUCGGAAGAGUCCUGGGGGCCCACCCCCUCCUGCGGAGGGCUGGAGCCUGCCCGAGGGUGGAGACGGAGCUCCCGGGACGGACGUCAUCGUUCCCAACAUGCCAGAGGCUCCUGUACCACCGCCUUCUCCAGAGGUCCCUCGUUGUAUGGCCCCAGCCAGAGUGGAAGGUGAGCUGGAGGAGCUGGAGAUGGCGGGAAGCCAAGGGCCUGAGGAGGGCCUGGCUGACAUUUUGCGUGGCCCCAGCCUACGUUCCACUGAUGAGGAGGAUGAGGAUGAGCUGAUCCUGUGAAAAAAAAAAACACCCCAAAGCUUUCUCCAGAGAAACCGUGGGGCCCAUGCCAGAGA